ACUGGUAAAAGUUGGGCGUCAGUGCUGCUGAUUCUGUGUGUGUGGGUGGAGAAGGAGUAAACUCUGUGGGUGUUUAUGACACUUGCACCCAACGCCAGGAGGCCAAGGGGGGACCCAACAAAGGAAGAGAACAACCAAAAACAAAGCACACAAACAGCCGGCACCCAAAAUUGAACUAAAGUAGAAAAAAUUCCAACAAAAUGAAACCAAAACCAAAUAAUUCUCUUUCCAUGUUUGCGGAGGAUAUUCUCAAGGAUUAUGGAGCAUUCAUUGAGGAGCAUGACGCACAUUUGGAUAAACUAAAGACUGCCAUAUCUCCAGGCGGCAAUGACAAAUUGACAGCAGCAACUGUCUCAUUGUCAUUGGUGGCUCCGCCUGUGGAAAUGAACUACGGCAAUGCCAAUUUUAUGAUCUCGGAAAUGAAUGCCGAAGCAGCUGAAUUGCUGGCCAACAAACCAUUGACGACUCUUGCCAAUCUAUGCAAUCAAUGCCAUGACUUGACCACUGCUUUAAAGCAGUAUCAAUUGGCAUUCUCAUUUGGUGACUUUCAAAUCGAUGAGGGAGGAAUCGAGCAAACUCUGCAUCGCAUGAGCUCCGCCAUUGACUUUUAUUGUCAGGUCUAUUUUGUACUAAAACGUUCCAUUGUCAUCCUACAGAAUCUGUGGAACCAGAUAAGUGCAUCGGUUUGCUUACCCGUCGAUAUUGGUGAAGUUCAUUUGUUUACUACAUUCGAUUCGAUAUGUGAGCUGCUGGAGCAAAUAGUUAUAUUCAAUGAGAUUUCCAUGCAAUCGAAUAUGUCGGAAAAGUGGACACUCUAUAAGAAAUGGCUCAAGAAUCUGGACAAAAGCAAGGCCAAUGAUUUAACCGGUUUGUAUACAAAACUGGAAAUUGGUGGUCUUUAUGCCUCACUCGAUGAUCUAGAGACUGUGAUUUCUGGCAAUAUAUUUCGAAUUCUGUUGGAUAGUCUAUUGGAACUGAAGAAACAAUUCAAUCUUAAAGAUGUCAAUCAUUUAACGCAACAUUCCAAUGCAUAUACACGCAAACUGCAACUUGAGAUCGAGUCCCGUCAUCAAGCCAAUGAAUAUAGAAACUAUGAGGAACCCAAGCAUAUAAUACGCUUGACUGCAUUUGUGGCCAUACUCUAUCAACUGGGCAUACAAAUCGAGGGUAAAUUGAUGAAACAUCUCCUCGAGACGUUGUCGAAAUAUCAUCGUUUACCUAUAAAUCAAAAUGUUCACUGGUCGCCGAAUGUCUUCCUUAUGCAGCAUGCCAAAUCAUUGAUACGGACACCAGGAAACAAAGUGCCAACAUCAUUGCAGCCCAAUGCGGUGUCUCUGGAGAAGAUCAAGCAGAACGAUCAGCGUGCGUGUCGGCAGUUGGGAACACAGAUCGCUAUCUGGUCGUUGAAUAUGCAACGAGUCUUUGCUGCCGGCAUUUUUGGCCAUCUGAAGAGUUUCUCGGAACUAAUUCUCAGCGGACAGAGCUAUGCCGAUCAAGUGGCUGGACACAUUGAGGGUUUAGUUAAUCGACAUGUUGCCCUCAUGGUGCCAUUGACAAAAACCGAUUUCUAUACCAUAUGCAAGCUAAUGCAAUAUUUAAAAGUCAUACAUCAUACAUUUGCCUCAAAUCAAAUCAGUUUCAUACGAUUCCUAAGCUCACUCAGUCAAUGGCAAAAGCAAAAGGUUCUGCAUCUGCUGUUGACCACCAAGAAGAAAAUAGUCGAUUUGAAAUUAUUGCAACGAAAGAUGAAUAUACUGUCGUCUCUGAAGCUGACUGAGAAAUCCCUACGAUCGCAUCCCGUAAGGAGACGUUUGACUGUUAUCAAUUUGGCAUUGAGUGAAUUUCUUGAAAAGGAUCGUAGUCUGCCGGCCGAUAAGCAAAAGCUCUUUAAGUCCAUCUACCAGCGGGCCAACAAUCUGGGUGACAUUCAGCGUAAUAUUUCAGGACAAUUCGAUUCGAUAAGUUUAUUGUACAACUAUUGGUUAAUAAGCACUUCGAUCCUAAAGGAAUAUGCCCAACAGCAACGUAAUCCGUAUGCCUUACAGAAUAUCAUUGCAGCUAGCAAUCAUUUGGACAAAGCUCUAACAGUAUUCAAAUGCGGAGGAAAUGGCUCAACGCCGAGAAAUUCACAUGAUUUGGUCAUUGAAUUUUUGAGCACACAUUUUGAAUCGUUUUUACGUGUGGAGGCCUUGUCACAUCUGUUCCAGGAUCAAGAUCAGCCAUUCCAACAGAACACUCUCGACUAUCGUAGCUGUACGAAUGUAUCGGCCAUUGAAAUCGAUGGACAAUAUAAUAUACUGCGAGAUAACCUUGAGAAUUAUUUUACUGCAACGUUCUAUAAUUUAACAACUAUCGCACCUCAUGAUUGGAAAUCGUAUGAAAAGUUUCGUCACUUUGCAUAUAACCUACUCCAGCUGCGGCCAGUGGAUGAUUAUCUACCCAAUCAAACUAUUGAUCAAGGUAUAGAUGUACUGCAGAUAAUGCGAAAUAUUCACACAUUUGCCUCAUCCUAUGCAUACAAUAUGAAUUUGCAAUUAUUUGUGGAAACGGACAGUAAGGGCAAACAUUUGGAUAUUAUUGGAACCCGUCAUGUGGCCAAUUCGGUUCAAACCCAUGGCACUGGCAUUAUAAAUACCACCGUUAAUUUCAUCUAUCAGUUUCUGCGUCAGAAAUUCUAUACGUUCUCAACGUUCCUGCAUGAUGAGCACAUCAAGUCAAGGCUGCUGAAGGAAUUUCGUCUACAUGCCGAGCAAAAGCAUAACAACAAGCCAUAUCAAUCGUAUCCAUAUGAAAGGGCUGAGAGUUUCAUUAAGAAAAUCAAAAGACUGGGCUUCUCCAAUAAUGGUGAAACGUAUAUGGAUCUAUUUCGUAAAGUCAUUACCCAAGUGGGUAAUGCUGUGGGCUAUGUACGACUCUUACAGGCUGGCAGUAAAAAUGCCAAUUAUAGAAGUCGUUCGUACAUGUCCAGGACAUAUAGUAAACUGCUUGGCAAUGAAUGUGCCAAGAAUCUGCAAUUACCAGAGGCAACAGAGAAUUCCAUAAGAGAGUAUGGCAAAAGUGUGGGUCACAUGAUGGAAUGCUAUUCGGAUUGUACGAAUUACUUUAAGUUGCUUAUGCAAGGAUUUCAACCGUUUUUCUGCAAUCCACAUAAUCAUCAUUUAAAGAGUUUCUUUCUUAUAACCCCGGCUCUGAUCAUGAACUAUAUUGACUAUCGAGUGAAAGAGAAAAUGAAAAUCUAUAAAAAGGAUCAACCAAAGUGUUCUCUAUUUGAAGAUGGAUUUGCCAUUGGUUUGGUUUACAUAUUGAAUAUGUUGAAUCAAUUGAGCGAUUUCCACGAACUUGGCUGGAAUCAGACAACUACACAACAAUUGAACUCUGAACGCCAGAAAUUGCGGCAAAUGCUGGAGACACAAAAGACAACGGAAGCCUCAUCAUCGUCCUCAUCGUCGUCGGCAUCGUCACCCAAUAACAUUCAGAAUGAGAAACUUCUACAGACGGUGGCGAUAUCUGAACGACAUGUUAAUGCCUAUGAACAGGAAUACAAUCUAUUAUAUGCUACUUUAAGUAGUGCUGAAAUAUUCUUCCAAUAAUAUUAAUAUUACUAGUUAUUUUCUGGAAAAAUAAA